GGCAGAGAGAGGGGGACGGAGGAUCCGAAGCGGGUUCUGUGCUGACAGCAGCAAGCCCGAUGCGGGGCUCGAAUUCACGAACUGCAAGAUCAUGAUCUGAACAGAAGUCAGAUACUCAAGCAACUGAGCCACCCAGGCGCCCUGCAAAUACGAAUUUUUAAUUCUUAGUGUCAUCUAACCCAAUCCAAAUUCAAACUUCCUUAAAAUUAUCCCCAAAUGUCUUUAUAUAAUGGGUCUGUUCUAGUCAGAAUCCAAAAAGGGGAACAUGUUGCCCUUAGUUACGCCUUUUAAUUAUCUCUGUUUAAACAUUUUAUUGGCAUUUAAUGUGCACACAGAAAACUAGUCAUAUCAUGAAUAUACAGCACAGACACACCCAUGUAACCCGCGGUAGCCAGGCCAAGAAUCAGAACAUUACAGCACCCCAGAAGUUUCCAUUGUGUCCCCCACCCGCUACCCCCACCAAAGGGAACCACUAUCCCUAACUGCAAAUAGCACAGAUUUUGAAUUUUAUGUAAAUGAAAUCUCAUGUUAUGUAAAUGGGGUUUUAUGUAAACGGAGGUGUGUCUGGCUUCUCUCGGUCAGUGUUGUGUUUGGAGAUGAGUGCAUGUUCGUUCGUGCUUGGGCUUGUCAGCUGGUGAUUCUUUCCUUCUCACGGCUGUGUGGUCCCAAUCCAGGGAGCCAUCUUGGGCCAGCCUGCAGCCUGCCCAACCCCAAUUGUGUGACUAAGUCUGCCUUCUGAUGCUCCAAACAUGGUCUCCAGGUUAGAGGGACCCAUCCUCCCUUCUCAGAUGGCUGCUCUGAGGGCUGAGCCCCACAUUCAAAUCUCUGGUGAGUCCAGAAGCCCCGGCAUCUCCGGCCUUCCUUCCACUGUCUCCUCUGCCAGCCCAACUUUGGGGCCUCAGUCCUUGUCCACCUCUGAGAUGUCAAGGGCAUUAAAGCACAAAGCCAGGCAUCGCCCUCCACUGAGAGCCAGGCUGCAGACGGAUGCUGAGAACAGGAAGGGCGUGUGAGGACCGCUUUGGCUUCACCCCUGCUUCUAACUGUUGCGGGUACCGGGUGCCCAGUCCCGAGGAGCCGUGACAAUGGAGGCUCUCCCCAGGGCCCUGGAGGUCGAGGAGAAGUCUCCGGAAUCCAAGGACCUGCUGCCCAGCCAGACCGCCAGCUCCCUGUGCAUCAGCUCCAGAAGUGAGUCUGUCUGGACCGCCACCCCCAGGAGUAACUGGGAAAUCUACCGUAAACCCAUCGUCAUCAUGUCGGUGGGGGGCGCCAUCCUGCUCUUCGGCGUGGUCAUCACCUGCCUGGCCUACACCCUGCACCUGGGCAACAACAGCCUUAAGGUCCUUAAGAUGAUAGGGCCCGCCUUCCUGUCGCUGGGACUCAUGAUGCUGGUGUGCGGGCUGGUGUGGGUGCCCAUCAUCAAAAAGAAACAGAAGCAGAGGCAGAAGUCCGUUUUCUUCCAGAGCCUCAAGUCCUUCUUCCUGAAUCGCUGAUGGCGGCCAACAGCUCUGUUCUCCCUGUCGCCCCGCCCCCUCCACCGGGAGGAGAUCUGACAAGGACAUCAACAUCCCCAUCUUCUUGGGGGUGGGGCUAGCCAUAAAGCAGACCAGCGAAGCCUCUUCCUGGCCCUGCGGGGAAGAGCUCAGGGCUCCGGGUGCAGCUGGAGGGGGCUGCUGGCUGUGUCUCAUUUAGGCUCUCGGUUUAGGCUCUCUGUAACUGCCCUGCCUCCCUUAGACGCUGGCCGCAGGCAUCCCCUUUCAAGGCUCACUCCCUGCUCCUGCAUCCAGGUACCAGCCAUCUAACUCUCUCCGCAGAGCGCUAUGCAUGUUGGGAAAUUCCUCUGGCCAGGCCGUGCCCCAAAGAGAGCCUCCUGUUUCUGCAUCUGAGUGCCUGAGCUGGAUUCGCCCAUUUGCACCCGAACUGACUGGUAGAGGUCCCUCACAGAAGAGCCAGAAGACUGGUCUGGCUCCCUGUGUUCACCGGCCCCAGCUCUCUCUGUGGGCAAGAUACUGAUUGGCAUUUCAAGAGACGAGACGAGUCACAUGUAUAAAACACGGCAAAGAGUGAACAGUAAGGGUGGCCAGGGAGAAACACUUUGGAAGAAGGCGCGUCCCCCCUCCCCCGACCCCAGAAAAGGCGCUGGGAGUCAGCCAGCUGAGGAAAUUUAACUCCGGGUUAUAGAGUUUUUACAUCAGAGGCCGUGUGGGCUGGACUGGGGGUGCCACAGUUUGACCUUCUAGCUCCCCUGUGAACUCGACAAUUGGCCAAGCACAAGUGCAUGUUGCCCUGACUCCCCCUUUCCCCCUGUCUGUCUACCCGGCCCCACCCCCAAUUCUAGAACAGCAAGACAGAGACCGCAGAGGGAUUCUGUAAGAUUGUUCUGUCCUUCAGCUCCAUCAAGGACCAAAGACCAUGCACCGCACCUGAACGGUCUGUGGGUUUCCAGAGAGAGAGGAUUUGCUUUAGAAAAAUCCCAAUGUCUGGUCUCCCUGCCUAUAGCCACCGAAGGAGCGAACAUUUACUGGGCGCCCUUCUCCGGGGCCAGGCCCUGGGAUGGGAACCGGCCAGACAACUUCGUUCCAAAGCGAGACAUAUGGCCAGGCCGAGGUACGGCUGCAACACCCGUGCUGGGCGUGCUAUGGGGGAAACUUGGCAGGUGCAGGAACACAGAGGGGGCAUCUCACCCAGACAGGGGAGAGGACGGAGGGAUUGCAGGACUGUGCCAUUGGAAUGGAGGACAACAGGAAAGAUAGGAGCUAGCAAAGGGGGCGGG